AUGAGAUCGGGAGACGCCCCCACUACUUCCGUUUCCAGUAUGACGCCCACCCUAUCUUUUUCUCCCAAGCGCAAACGAGAACCUUCAGAAUCAGACUGCUAUAGUCCCUCAGCUUCUCCGACAUCCACAAUUUCGACCGACAGUUUUCAAGAUCCUCGUUUCCUAGAAGACGAGCUAGGGAGACAUAGUCCGCAAGCCGCGGUAGCUGGACGUUUUGGAGAGUUGGCCAUCCGUAGCGAGCUCCAGUCGGACACGGCAGCUUUCACCGACUCUCAGCAAUCGCUUACUUCCUCCCAACUAUGCGCAUUUGACUGCACCGUGCCGCAGAACAUGCCCGAAGCCUUACCGGCAAAUAGCGAGUCUAGUGAACGCCAAGCGACGUUACCUGAAGCGCCCGCGACUCAAUAUCAACCCACUUCCUCACCCACUUCUCCUACAAAGAAGACAACUUCAUUCUCUCAGAAGCAUAUCAAUUCCUCGCCCUCCAAACGCAAGCCACGAGUGUCUCCCCCUCUUACAGCCACCUCUUCCGAAGACCCGCUAGUAUGGCAUGAUUCCGAGAUAACAGGCCACAACCCGUCCGACCCAAGUGACGAUGGCUAUGGUAUCAACGGGAUAGGCUUCAAACCCACUGCAUCGAUUGCAUGGGCUAGGUCACAGAAACGACAGAAGCAAGUUACCGAAUGGAAGAACCGUGAAGCCCGGGAGGCUCGUGAGAGACGGCGCGAGAGGAGGAGAGAUGGCAUCGAGCUCGACAAAAUACACAGCAUACAUGACGGCGCAAUCCAUAAACGAGUCAAGUUCGACGUCUAG